CAAGGUUUUUCGGUUUUAUCAGGCCGGAAAUCGUAACACAGUGAGCGCUGUGUUCGUCAAACAAACUGAAAUAGCUACAUGGUAGUUAGAAUGUCAUUAUCACUAGCUGCAGACAUACAGUAAGUAAUAUAAAACGGCAAUGUGUAUAAAAUCUAUUCGGUAGUAAGUGGCUGUAAUUGAUAGGAAAAGUAAAAUUUAACAGUAAAAUAUGUAUCGUGGACGGCCUCCACCUCGAGGGUAUCCGCCGCCGUACGAGGGCCGUGGUCCACCGCCCCGUGGUCUUACGCCUGGCCGGCCGUAUCCUCGGCCUCCAUUUAGAGAAGAACGGGGCAGGCCCAGACCGCCGUUUGAUGGUUACCAUGACGGGCCACCUCCAGACCAGUACAGACGUUCUCCACCGCGCAGGAGGUAUACUUCAGCUGGUUCAGGAAGUCGCAGAGGACCAAGUGGUGAAUACUGGGGCAGCGGCCCUCCCCAAAGAGAAAGAUCUCCAUCUCCCCGUGGUGGCAUCCCCCCUGACCACAGUCUGGUCAUCACUGUGGGCAAUGAGUUGACUGGACCACCUGGGGUAGGGCUACCCUCAAGAGACUACUCUCCUUACCUGUCAAAGAGGUCCAGUUAUGACGGGCCUGAUGACCGUGGCCCCAGGAGGCAGAGUCCCAGCAGGGGGAGAAGCCGUCCUCGUAGCCGCAGCCCGGGAUUCGGGGGACGGAGCAAGAGCCGUCCUCGUAGCCGCAGCCCGGGAUUCGGGGGACGGAGCAAGAGCCGUCCUCGUAGCCGCAGCCCGGGAAUCGGGGGGCGGAGCAAGAGCCGUCCUCGUAGCCGCAGCCCGGGAAUCGGGGGACGGAGCAAGAGCCGUCCUCGUAGCCGCAGCCCGGGAAUCGGGGGACGGAGUAAAAGCUGUGUCCGAAGUCGCAGCCCUGCAAUGGGGGUACGGCGCAAAAGCCGCGCUCGAAGCCCCAGUCCUGAAAUUGGGGGACGGAGCAAAAGCCGCGUCAGAAGUCGCAGCCCUGAAAUGAAGGGACGGAGCAAAAGCCGGGCCCGAAGCCGCAGUCCUGAAAUGGGGGGACGAAGCAAAAGCCGGGCCCGAAGCAAAAGCCCUGAAAUGGGGGGACGGAGCAAGAGUCGUGGAAGGAGCAAGAGCCGUCCGCCAAGCAGGUCCCGAAGCAGGAGUGGGAGUCAUGGCCAGAGCUAUGGACGGGCCCGCAGUAUGAGCAGAGCAAAGACUGCUGGUCCACGCAGGAGCCGCAGUGUCAGUACUAGCAGCAGUAGCAGGAGCAGCAGGGGAGGUGAUAAUAACUUAAAGAAGACAAGUGGGUUCAAGGAGCUGGAGUUGGCCCGUCGCCGCAAAGAGAUGGAAGACAUGCUGAAUAUUCCCACAAAGUCCAUCCUGAAGAGGCGCAUGGACUCUGAGACUGACUCCCCGUCAUAUGUGCAGAACAGUGAUUCUCCAAGAGUUGACCCUGCUGGUGAGGCUGAGGCAGAGCGUCUUCUCUCAGCUAUGAAAGGCAUGGACCCUAUCAUGUUGGCCACCAUGCUGGGGGAGCUGAGGGAUGACCCACACAUGGCCCAGAGUAGGCUGGACCACAGUGGGAUUGCAGGGAUCCUUGACCUGUUGGGAGGUGCACCUGCACCGCAGGAGGAGAAAAGGAAGAGGGUACCAGACAUUGACGAUGAGGAGAAGUUCCUUUAUGGCGAUGAAGAUGAUGUAGAGCGGGGCAGGGCUCCAGCAGAAGCUCCCCGUCAGCACAGUCUGUCAGAGCUAUAUGGUGAUAUUAUGAGUGACCCGGCACGCUAUGGCACCUCACCGCACCUAGAGGGCCAUCCUGGUAUUGUAGAUCCGAGAAGCUCUCGUCAGCAACAAAUGGACAUGAGGUAUCGGCAUCAAAGCAGGUCCUCUGCCAUCCCUGACCAUAAUAUCAAGGUUGAAGAGCCUAAUGACUACCCACCAGGAACAGGGCCACUGGAAGGGAAGGAGAAGCAAGACGUGGAGGAGUACGAGAAGAUCCAGGACCUCCUCAAAACCAUCGGGCUGGACCUGGGGGUGACAGAGAUCAGCAAGAUGGCUGCCAGGACUCAGGAGCGUCUGCAUGGAAAGAAGCCCCCUCCGAAAACUCCCUCCCGUCGACCUGGCAAGAGGCGGGAUCGCCGUGACUCUUCAGGAAGCUCAGACAGGAGCAGGGGCAGGCGUAGGAGCUGCAGUGGGAGCAGCUCUAGCAGUCGUAGCGACAGCCACAGCCCGAGCCGUAGUAGCAGCCGUGAUAACAGCAGGAACCGGAAGAAGUCACCCCCAUCUGACAGGCACAGCAACCAUGGGAAGACUCGAGGUGGCAGAGAGGUGAGGACUGAGGACAGUAGCUGGGUGCAGAAGGCUUCACAAGCCCCUGAAACUACUCCAGUGCCACCCACCCACCCAUCUCUCUCCAUGCCUGCCUAUGCCCAAGCCCAGGCGCAUGGUCUGGUACCACCCAACUAUCCACCACCUGGCUAUGGGCAAUAUGGGAACUGGCCUUACAUGCCCCAACAGUGGCCCAUGUACCCACCUCCAUCUAUGGGCAUGCCACCUCAAUCUCCCAUUGAAGAUUUUCCGAAUGCUCCGCCUUUUGACAGACCAUACCUUAAAGUUAUCCAGCCAGAGUUGCACCAGGGGGGUGAUAGAAAGGCAUCAUCCAAUAUGGCCCCUCAAGAUAAUGGCAAGGACAGGAGGGUUUUAGAGGAGCGAAAUAAUGAAAGCCAAAAACAAAAGGUUCUUGAAGAACGGGAAAAACUGAGACGAGACAGAGAGAUCCGCAUGAAAAAGAAAGAUUAUCUCAUGAAGGAACUAGAGAGAUUGAGGAAACAGCAAGGGGAGCUUCUGCGCAAAAAGCGGCGUGAAAAGGAUGGCCAUAAGGACCCGUUACUGUCUGAGAUCAGUCGGCUGCAGGAAGAGGUCAUGACUCAGAUUGCUGAGCUCCGCAAAGAGCACGAGGUAGCAGAGAAGAAACGAUCCGAGCUUGACAAGGUGGCUCUCAUUCUCGGUCUACAACCAAAUGACAAGCCCCGGCGAGAGGGUAGGGGUUCUGCGGACCUUGAGCAGCCAACACACCCACCACCUCCAGAGAAAGAGAAGAAAAAGGAGCGCGCUCACAUCCGAGAGAGAUCACCUGUGGCCCAUGCCUCUGCUAAGGCAGCAUCGUCGUCCUCAAGAGCCUCUCCUGAAAAAACGAAGAAGAAAGCCCCUGCCAGUACCCAGCCUCCUGAGACUCCAGCAGACCUGUUUGAACACUAUGACGCUGGGAACCACUGGUGCAAAAGCUGCAAUGUCACCUGUGGUUCCAUGUUCGAUUUUUUCACGCACUUGCACAGCAAAUCGCACCGGAAGACUCAGGAUCCUUACAAUCGACCGUGGGCGUCAAGUUCCUCCAACAAUGAGAAGAAUAAGAUUCACUCUUCAGGAGAGAAAAUGACUAAACCUGCUAAAGGAUCUGAGUUUUUGGUGCCAGUGAGGGGAUAUUAUUGCCAGCUUUGCGAGGAGUUUUGCGGGGAUGCAAUUUGCGCUGAAGAUCAUGCCACGAGUCAACCUCACAAUGAGAAAUACAAGAAACGAAUGUAUGAGUAUCCGCUCUACGAACAGAGAAGGAACCUGGAUCGUCAAGCUGGACUCACGUUGGAAGUUAGUGACAAAAAGCACUCUGAGCUUAAACGUAAACACGAAGAGGAAGAGUCCAAAAAGAGCAAAGAGAAGGAGGAAGGGAAACCUAAACGCAGCAAAAAGGAGGAGGACAAGUCCAAACACAAAAGGGAGGAUGAUGUGGAGAGGGUCAAGUACAGCAAAAAUGAGGAAGAAGAGAGGUAUUUGUACCGCAAGAGAGAGGAGGAGGAGCGGUACAAACAUGGUAAGGAGGGAGGAGAGAGGCCCAAGUACAGUAAGAAGGAGGACGACGAGAGAUACAAGCAUGGCAAUGAGGAGGAGCGGUUCAAAAAUCGCAGGGAAGAGGAGGAGUGGUUCAAAAAUCGCAGGGAAGAGGAAGAGCGGCUCAAAAACCGUAGAGAGGAUGAAGACAGGCCUAGGUUUAGCAGGGUAGAGGAGAGACCCAAGUUUAAUUGGAGGGAUAAUGAGCAGGAGGAAGAGGAAGACCGGUCCAGAUAUGGGAAGUGGAAAGAGCCCAAUCCCAAAUGUAGCAAGAAAGAGGAGGAGAGGUAUAGAUCAGAGAGGGAGGAAGGGAAACCUAAGAAUGAAAAGGAGGAAAGACAAUCAAGAAAAGAGAAGGGUGGGUGUCAAAGGGAGGAGACUUCAGGAUCUAGAAAGCAGUGUGAGCCUGAGAAACCCAGUGACCCUCCCAAAGUGUUCUGUGGUCCCAAUCCAGCAUUGAGAGCAAAGCUGCGCAAGAAAAGUGAGGAAACUGCCAAAGUGGAGCCGAAGCCUCCAUCUGCCUUCGGUAAGUUCAGCUGGAAAAAGAAACUAGAAAAUGAGCUUGCGAAGGAAGCUGAGAGAGUGGCUGUUGAGUUCCUGAAGGAAGAUGAGGAGGUUGAAGAGGAUGACGACCCAGAUGCAUUUUCAAAGUCUUUGGCCGCAGCCAAGAGCAUUGCUAUCAAACUGUCAGGGAAGACGGUCAUCUCCCCAACUAGCGCAUGGGUACCCUUCAACUCUGGGAAAAUACGCCCAAACCUUCCUGCUCCUUCCACGGUCCUGAGAAAACCCUCUGGACUUGGGCCCUGGGUAUAUGCUAAACCGGCCCCUCUCAACACCUUUCUCUCUAUCAGACCACCCGGUGACAGUGACGUGACCCCUCUGCCUGUCAUACAGAACCAGCCUAAAAAUGACCCAGUACUGGCAGCAGACAUAAUUUCCAAAGCUUUCUGUGGUGAGGAAGUGGAUUUGAAGAAGUCAGCAGAGGGCACUGGGAAGCCAGGUCCCACUUCACCAGAUGAAAAGAAAGCUUCCACAGCAGAGUCUUUUAGUCAAGCCUCCACAUCUACUCCUUCAGCAGUGAUGCCCGAGUUCAAGACUCCCCUGCCUCCCCUGACCAUGAUGACCAUGAAGUUUGAUGUAUCUGCACCAGGAGUCCCUGAGAGUGAGCAGAAUGUCCCUGUGAUGGUCACACCCCCUCCUUUCAUGCAGAGACCCCCAAGUGAGGUGAUGAACAAAUCAGAAAAACCAAAGUCUAAUCUAGCUGCCGCAAAAGCCCAAGAUUUAUUUGACAUAUUCUAUAGCAGCAUUACCACAGCCAGUACCACAUCCAUCACCAGCACAGCCACGAAAGUAGUUGUAGACUCCAAAGGUGAAACAAAUGACUCAAAGAACAGCGAAGCCUUGGCGACUACUGCCUCACAAAUGGAGCAAACCCAACCCGAGCUAGCAGCUCUUGAUAACAGUAACGCCCAUGAAACUGAAACUCAGGAGUCAGAGACUGACAGUGGGUUUGACCCGCAGGCCACUAAAGCAGUUGUAGAGUCCAAAGCUGCACUGAAUAACUCAAAUAACAGCGAAGCCUUGGAGGGUACGGCCCCACAAACAGAGCAAGCCCAACCCGAGCUCCCAGAUCUUGACAACCGUAACGCUGUUGAAACCAACACUCAGGAGUCAAUGGAGACUGAGAGUGGGUUUGACCCGCAGGCCACUAAGGCAGUUGUAGAGUCCAAAGCUGCCCUGAAUGACUCGAAUAACAGCGAAGCCUUGGAAGCUACGGCCCCACAAACAGAGCAAACCCAACCAGAGUUCACAGCUCUUGACAACAGUAACACCAUUGAAACCAACACUCAGGAGUCAAUGGAGACUGAGUGUGGGUCUGACCCGCAGCCCAAGGAAGAGACUCCCGAGGAUGCCCCCGUACAACUGGAUAACCCAUCAGAUUCUCUGGGUAUCUCAACAGAGACCCUGGAUCUCCCAACAGAAGUGCUGGGCUUAGACCUCUUUGAUUUUAAUCUUGAGUAACAGACUCCACUAGACAGCAGGCCGUUGGGAAUUUGUGUUUUUAGGUAGUUGAUGGGAUUAGACGGGAACAAGUAGUAACCCACACAAAUACUGCUGAUUCGGAAACUAAGCCCUGUUAACUUGAUGGUCCUAGCAGGCAGCUCGAAUUUGAAUGGAGUGAAACUUCCACUAAAAGACUUGACUUUCAUAUUAAGUGAUGAAUCUUCAGAACUUUAGAAGCUUGUUCUGCAAGCCUUUUGUCUUGAGAAUUUUACUUCUUCGUUCAGCAAAACCUUUCUUUACUUCUUAAAAGGUAAUGUACUGUACCAUGCUUAUUGAUUACUAUGGUUUUUGGUAUAUCCACCUUCAGACUCUUAAGAAAUGUGUUAUUUUCUCUUUAAAUGAUUGAAAGGUAUUUUAAUACAGGAACAAGAACUCACGUUUAAGAAGAAAACAGAAUUUGGUAAGGUAGUGCAGCAUGGACCAAAAGAUAUCUGAACAUGGCUUUCUUUGACAAUUACACCAUGUAAUAUCUGUCACUCUUUACAGCACCCUCCAGAAAAGAAGAUGUGGAUAUAGAUACUCAUGAACAUAACCUUGGAAUUGUUGAUCUUUUUAAAAAAAAAACUCAUUUGUUCACUGACUUUACUAUGCUCAAAAUGUUAUUCUGUGUUAGUGAAAAUUAAUACAAAAAAAAUGGUUGUCCUUUAUCUGUUGUUGCUAAAGUAGAGUUCAAAUAAAUUUCAGUGACCACAA